GUAUGCCUCGUUAAAUAAUUACCAGCCAUUAUUCCAGAAGUCACAAGAUUGGGAGCUUCCCCAAUUACUGCUGUGAAGAACAUCACUAUUGUAGAACCUAAGAUUGGCCUCUUGAGAUGUCUUUUCAGGCUUUGGCAUUUCUGACUGCUGGAUGGCACCAUCUGGCCCAAAAAUCAACCAGUUCCUUAGCCCCCACCCAGAAGCUGACUCCAUGCAGGAGGGCCAUUUUCCAUGCCCCUGUGAUUUCAUCCCCAACAAUCAGCACCGCGCAAGCCCUAGCCCCCUCCCCAACAAACUAUCUUUGAAAAACCCCUUACCUCCAAGCCUUCAGUGAGAUUGGUUUGAGUAAUAACUCUGUCUCCCACAUGUCGUGGCUGGCCUGUGUCAAUGAAACUCUUUCCUGCAGUGCCAUGGUCUCCAUGAAUUGAGUUUUUGUGUACAUUGGUCAGGAAGAACCCAUCAGGCGGUUACAUCUGCAGGAUGGUGCCAGUCCUUUCCACAAAGGCUGGUCAGAUACCCAGAAAACAUUUCUCCACUACUACCUGGACAAUGUGUCUCCCUGUCAAUCUCCAGGGAAUGGGGCCUGGAUCAAGUAUUUAGUAUUCAGCAGUUACUACACUGUCACCUAAUCCCUCAUUUUCAAUAUUUUGCCAUGCCUUCCAGUGGCCUAACUGGCCACCAUGCCACAGAAUCUUUACUUUAUGGUCUCCAAGGAGAACUCUCCACUCGAUGUUUUGUGAUUUGAGCAAUGGAAUAGAAUCUGAUACUGGUGGGCUGGGGGAGGUCCCUGGACACUGGUGGGAUCUCGACCCCAGCCGUGGUGUCCAGGCUGUUGACACCAUCGUGAGAACAAAGUCAAAGAUGAGUCAGCAAAUAGUGAAAGAAGAGCUUUAUUGCAAAGCAAAAAGUACACACUCAAGAAAGGGGAGCUUGGGCAUACCUGAGAGAGAAUAAUGGGUUCUGGGGUUUCAUCUUGAUGGGUUUCUUUAACCAAGAAUUGGAAUAUUCACGAAAAUUCCUGGGUAAAGGUGGAGAUUUCUUGGAACUGUGGUGCCAUUUUUACAUCAAACACUGGUCUCAGAACUGUCAUGGCACUGGCGGGUGUGUGAUUUAGUAUGUUAAUGAGCAUAUAAUGAGGGCCUAGGUAAAACCUCCAUCAAAUCCAGUACCACGUUGGGUCCACUCAGUCUUAGCCAGCUUGGUCCACACCCUGGUUUUUCAGCGUCUUAACAGCCCACAGCCUCAAGUCAUGUAAAUCUGCUGCCUAGAAUUUGUUAUCCUGUGACCACCCUGUAGUAUUCCUGUCUGAAAUCUACUUGUAAAUAUUCAAAUGGUCUUUGACUUGGGCAUUCCAACUUUGCUUACUUCACAGUGUUUCCUGCGUAAUAUAUAAGAAAAGAUGAUCCAGACAUUUGUUAAACAUCUCAAAUAAGAUGUAGCCCAGGUAUUUGUGUCAAAUUUGGAUUAUUUUGGUUUCGUCUUUGCAGAAUAUAAAAAACUAACAUGAGGUAAGCACUAAGGUGUGGAGAUGGCUGUGCAAGAGAUGACAAAGUCCAGCACCACACUUGAGAGUGUCCAAUCAUCUCUUCUGGGGCAGCAUAGUUUUCUACAAUACGGAUUUUUGAAAAAAAAAACAUCAAAAAAAAACCUACAAGAUUCAUGAAACUGGACAACUGUCUUUAUAACAUUACCAGUGAUAAAACCAGUAAGGAAGGCUGGUUUGCAGUCAUCUGAGCAGCCUCUUUACUUUCAUAAAUAUGGUUUCUCUCUGAUAUUAAACGGCUUCCAAUUGCAAGCGGAAUGCUGCAUCACAAGGAUAAGGAUGUGAAGAGAACCGGUUUCUUUUGUAAUCCGAAACAUUCUAGUCUGCGAAUUAAAAGCCAUUAUUUGAAGAAGGAUGCCCCGGCUCCAUCUGGCCACCGAAAGGUUGCUCCUUAACACAGGCUAAGGACCAGCUUCUUUAGGAGAGAACAGACGCAGGGGCGGGAGGGAAAAAGGGAGAGGCAGACGUCACUUCCCCUUGGCGGCUCUGGCAGCAGAUUGGUCGGUUGAGUGGCAGAAAGGCAGACGGGGACUGGGCAAGGCACUGUCGGUGACAUCACGGACAGGGCGACUUCUAUGUAGAUGAGGCAGCGCAGAGGCUGCUGCUUCGCCACUUGCUGCUUCGUCACGAAGGAGUUCCCGUGCCCUGGGAGCGGGUUCAGGACCGCUGAUCGGAAAUUCUCCAGUACAAGAAGAGGUUCUCGGAGCUGGAGCAGCUGUUGGAGAGAUCCGGAGAGCUGGAGCAGCAGCAGCUGAGGGACACAGAGCACAGCCAAGACCUGGAGAGUGCCCUCAUCUGGCUGGAGGAGGAGCAGCAGGGAGGGCCAGGGCUGGCGGCAUGGCCCCCUGGGCGAGCGCCUACUGAUCCCCUGUGCCCCAUUCAGGAGUGCCAGCCUGGCCCAGGUGAAUGCCAUGCUCUGAGAACAGCUGGACCAGGCAGGUUUGGCCAACCAGGCUCUGAGUGAGGAGAUACGAAAGGUGACCAGUGACUGGACUCACAGCUGCAAGGAGCUGGAGCGGUGGGAAGCGGCAUGGAGGCGCGAGGAGGAGGGCUAGUAGAAGUCUAUAUGUUGUGGUGGAAAACAACCUCAGCCCUAUAGUCCAACAUUUGCCUAACAAAACUUGUCCUGUGAUUUACAAAACUAGAACCUCACUGAUUCUCCAGUACAAGAAGAGGUUCUCGGAGCUGGAGCAGCUGUUGGAGAGAUCCGGAGAGCUGGAGCAGCAGCAGCUGAGGGACACAGAGCACAGCCAAGACCUGGAGAGUGCCCUCAUCUGGCUGGAGGAGGAGCAGCAGGGAGGGCCAGGGCUGGCGGCAUGGCCCCCUGGGCGAGCGCCUACUGAUCCCCUGUGCCCCAUUCAGGAGUGCCAGCCUGGCCCAGGUGAAUGCCAUGCUCUGAGAACAGCUGGACCAGGCAGGUUUGGCCAACCAGGCUCUGAGUGAGGAGAUACGAAAGGUGACCAGUGACUGGACUCACAGCUGCAAGGAGCUGGAGCGGUGGGAAGCGGCAUGGAGGCGCGAGGAGGAGGGCUAGUAGAAGUCUAUAUGUUGUGGUGGAAAACAACCUCAGCCCUAUAGUCCAACAUUUGCCUAACAAAACUUGUCCUGUGAUUUACAAAACUAGAACCUCACUGGUAAGUCACAUUCCUAGAGUCUCCCCCAUGCCUAACCCCAGUCACGGAAAAUAAAUCAAAUCAUUGUCACUCUUUCUUAACAAAGAGCGUACAUUUAAAACUUGAGUAAAAUUACAGGUACCGUCUGCGGCCUUCAAGGGGGAACUUGAAGUCUCAAUACCGCAGUUGUCCAAUCAGAGGAUCCAAGAUGAAUAUACUCAAGGACUUCAUGCUUGGCAUCCUCUGGAGACAGUACAUAACCACCAGCUUGGUUUAACCGGAGAUUCAUUUGGGUUAGGAGAAAUUAUGUAGGCAAUGUACUUAGUCAAUGGAGGCCUUAUGCCUGAAGACUUACAAGAAUCUGAAUUCGUAUGUUACUUUUCCUUUAAUGGAGUGGAAUUCCAAAUGAAAAUAAUCAAACAGCAUGUGCAUAAACAUUAGAUAUCAUACCCACAUUUACAAAGCCUUUAUAGAUAUGCAAGUGUUACUGCGUCUGUCCCUAGCUUCUGUACAGAAUUUAAUGGGUAGCUGUUACUAUUUUAUUGUUGUAUAAAAAUGAGGAAACUGAUAAGUUGUCUAAAGGUGCACAAUCAAAACACAUCAAAGCCAUUGUGAAAUACAGGUCCCCGGAUUUCAAAAACAGAUCUUCUGCUUAUAAAUUCAGUCUUUUUCAUACUGCCAUAAACUCCAGAAUGGGAAAACAAAGUUACUAUCAGAAAAGCUGCUUUCAGCUGGGCGUGGUGGCUCAUGCCUGUAAUCGCAGCACAUUGGGAGGCCAAGACAGGCGGAUCACUGGAGGUGGGGAGUUCGAGACCAGCCUGGCCAACAUGGUGAUCUCCACUAAAAAUACAAAAAUUAGCUGGGCAUGGUGGCGGACACCUGUAAUUCCAGCUACUUGGGAGGCUGAGGCAGUAGAAUCGCUUGAGCUGGGGAGGCCGAGAUGGCUUAGUGAUCCGAGAUGGCGCCACUGCACUCCAGCCUGGGUGACAGAGUGAGCCGACAUCGCGCCACUGCACUCCAGCCUGGGUGACAGAGUGAGACUCCAUCUCAAAAGAAAAAAGAAAGCUUAUUUUUUCCCCUAAUCACCAUAAUAUUCACUAUGAAGUGAUGGAAAUAGAAAUAAUUUACUUAGCAAAUCCUUUCUAGUUCAAAUAAUUUGUAUAUAGGCUGUGCAAACAUAAUAAUGAGAGAUUCUUUUUAGUCAUCUUGCUUUAUAUCACUAAUUACACUCUUAUUUAAUGAUAUUUUAAAGAAAAACGUGUUUAUUUUCAAGUAGAAAAGUCAUAUAUGUCCACCAAGGAAAGCUGUAACAAAUGUAAAAUACAUAAAAAAGAUAACAGCUAAAUUUCUAAAGCAUUCAAAAAAAAGACAAAUAGAAGGGUGUCAGAUUAGGAAAGUAUGUCUUGUAAGGUGUGAUGGUCAGACUGAUUAGCUUAGAGAUGUGGAUCUCAAAGUGGUUCUCAGAGCAACAGCAUCAGCGUCACCUGGGAACGUGUUAGAAAUGCAGAUUCUCAGGUACCAUCCCACAUUUAAUGAAUCAGAAGCUCAGAGUAGAGACCAGCAGUUUGUUUUAACAAGUCCUUCAGGGAUUCUGAUACAGCUGAUGUUUGAGAAACACUAGAUUUAGGUAAACGUAAGAGGGUCACGUUAGUAUUUUUAAAUCAUUGGAAGUUGGUUUGUUUUGUUUUUUCUUAAGUGGGACUCAUUUGUACUUCAAUACACAGAAUGGAUAUUUAGAGGAAGUCGUUUUUGACCUAACACAGAUGAGCACUUCCAAUUGAACAGCGCUUUCUGAUAAUGGGGCUGCCCCCUACAAGUGAAUAACUGGGUUUCUCUAGGCUGGAGCUGCAGACAGGUCACUAUGUGUAUGGAGGAUUGUAUUAAUAUGAUCGUGGCUCUUUAUAGCUCUGCAUUACUAAUAUUCUGUUUUAAAGUCUCUCCUCAAUAUCCAACGUCUCUGUGUUAAUGAUGGUAAGGAGUGGGUAACAGUAACAAUCAUCCUGUUGUUGACAACAGAUGAUAAGAGAAAGCCCAACUUUACACUCUGUAUAAUCUUACACCAAUGCCCCAUUCCUCGUCUAAUUUUUUUUUUACAUGUUAACACAUGACCUUGGCAUUACUAAAUAAGAAGCCCUCUCACUUAGAACCCGAUGCAGUAUGAUAAAAAUUAUUUUGAGAACAAUCAGGAGCUCUAGUUUUCAAUUCUGCUUCUCUUCUCAAGUAGUUCUGUGCCUUAGUUUCUUCUUUGUAAAUUUAAAUGGUUGGAACAGAGGAUCUGUUAAGUGUGAUUCAAGCUGAAAUUGUAUGUACCCCACACUGAGUUUCUCUGCUAUACCCCUAACCCAUUCAACAAUCACACCACCAGUUUUCAGGACUCACAGUAGGAUAGCCGUCUAUCAUUUGUUAAUAGGUGUGCUCUUUCAUCCAAACAAGAAACUCAUGAUUUCUGCAGUUUUUUAUUCUAGCCAGGUUCUAGGUGCUGGCCUGGAACUAUAAAACGAACAUUUCACAAAAAGUUAUGACAAUAUACAAAGGAAAGACAAUUUCUUUGAAUAUCCAUAAUCUCAAUAUGGAGUCUGGCUGUGGAUGGCCAAGAGAUAGUUUCCUUAACUGGAAAAAGUUUUUAAAUGAGGCUUGGUGGAGGAUAUAUCUUUGCAUCAUUACAAAGAAGAAAAAAGAGAAAUCUCACAACUGAAGAAAGUGAAAUCCACUUUACUUAAUGCGGACCUCUGUCUCUGGUGUGCAGGUCCUCUGUGUCCAAAGAUAAUUAGCACUUUAUAAUGCUAAUUAUUAUAAUUAUGUCUGAGAAAAAAAUCAUUAGGGGGUAGGCCCGUUCACUGAUUUUCAACUGCCCCCUCUAUUUAAAAAUAAGGUCAUUUUUCUAUGAAAUAGCUUUAGGAGCUCAAAGCAGAAAGAGGGUUAUAGAAAAUCCUGUGUAGGUAUAAGCCUGCGUUUUUAAUAUUCUUAUAAUUCUGUGAUGUGUCUGGAAACUGAACCGGGAGGAAAACAGUGAACCUAUUUAGUCCAGGAGACUAGAAAUCAGGACUCAGAAGAGUAAACAUUUCUGUAAUAGUUAGUCCUCAAAUAGUCAUUCAUUGACCUUCCACUGGGUGUCUGGCAAUGUGCAAGCUGUUUCUAGAUGCUACCUCAUGUAACAACCAUCACAGUUGCACAGAGCAAGUACUAGUACUCCACUUUCACCGAUAAAGAAGUAAAAUCUUAGAAAUUAGCUGCCCAAUGUCAUGUAUGUAGGAAAGGAAAGCUGGAUUCUGAUUCAUAUUUGCUGGCUCCAAAGCACUUGUUGUAAAUACUUCACUAUCCUGUGCUUACAUGUAAAUGUACCAUUUCUCUUAGGGGUCUUGAAAUACUGAACCAAAGAAUGGUGUAGGGGAAGGGCAGUUUAGAAAUACCUGGAAAUUUGGUUGUUUGAAGGAAGCCCACUCUCAGAUGGUAGGAGAUCAAGCUAACAGAAUAGCUGAGACCAGGCUAAGGACCAGCUUCUUUGGGAGAGAACAGACGCAGGGGCGGGAGGGAAAAAGGGAGAGGCAGACGUCACUUCCCCUUGGCGGCUCUGGCAGCAGAUUGGUCGGUUGAGUGGCAGAAAGGCAGACGGGGACUGGGCAAGGCACUGUCGGUGACAUCACGGACAGGGCGACUUCUAUGUAGAUGAGGCAGCGCAGAGGCUGCUGCUUCGCCACUUGCUGCUUCGUCACGAAGGAGUUCCCGUGCCCUGGGAGCGGGUUCAGGACCGCUGAUCGGAAGCUCAGCAGGGAGCUGCUGGAGGUAGUAGAGCCUGAAGUCUUGCAGGACUCACUGGAUAGAUGUUAUUCAACUCCUUCCAGUUGUCUUGAACAGCCUGACUCCUGCCAGCCCUAUGGAAGUUCCUUUUAUGCAUUGGAGGAAAAACAUGUUGGCUUUUCUCUUGACGUGGGAGAAAUUGAAAAGAAGGGGAAGGGGAAGAAAAGAAGGGGAAGAAGAUCAAAACCCACCAUGCCCCAGGCUCAGCGGUGUGCUGAUGGAAGUGGAAGAGCCUGAAGUCUUACAGGACUCACUGGAUAGAUGUUAUUCGACUCCGUCAAUGUACUUUGAACUACCUGACUCAUUCCAGCACUACAGAAGUGUGUUUUACUCAUUUGAGGAACAGCACAUCAGCUUUGCCCUUGACGUGGACAAUCGGUUUUUUACUUUGAUGGUGACAAGUCUCCACCUGGUCUUCCAGAUGGGAGUCAUAGUCCCACAAUAAGCAGCCCUUACUAAGCCGAGAGAUGUCAUUCCUGCAGGCAGGACCUAUAGGCACGUGAAGAUUUGAAUGAAACUAUAGUUCCAUUUGGAAGCCCAGACAUAGGAUGGGUCAGUGGGCAUGGCUCUAUUCCUAUUCUCAGACCAUGCCAGUGGCAACCUGUGCUCAGUCUGAAGACAAUGGACCCAAGUUAGGUGUGACACGUUCACAUAACUGUGCAGCACAUGCCGGGAGUGAUCAGUCAGACAUUUUAAUUUGAACCACGUAUCUCUGGGUAGCUACAAAGUUCCUCAGGGAUUUCAUUUUGCAGGCAUGUCUCUGAGCUUCUAUACCUGCUCAAGAUCAGUGUCAUCUUUGUGUUUAGCUCAUCCAAAGGUGUUACCCUGGUUUCAAUGAACCUAACCUCAUUCUUUGUAUCUUCAGUGUUGAAUUGUUUUAGCUGAUCCAUCUGUAACACAGGAGGGAUCCUUGGCUGAGGAUUGUAUUUCAGAACCACCAACUGCUCUUGACAAUUGUUAACCCGCUAGGCUCCUUUGGUUAGAGAAGCCACAGUCCUUCAGCCUCCAAUUGGUGUCAGUACUUAGGAAGACCACAGCUAGAUGGACAAACAGCAUUGGGAGGCCUUAGCCCUGCUCCUCUCGAUUCCAUCCUGUAGAGAACAGGAGUCAGGAGCCGCUGGCAGGAGACAGCAUGUCACCCAGGACUCUGCCGGUGCAGAAUAUGAACAAUGCCAUGUUCUUGCAGAAAACGCUUAGCCUGAGUUUCAUAGGAGGUAAUCACCAGACAACUGCAGAAUGUAGAACACGGAGCAGGACAACUGACCUGUCUCCUUCACAUAGUCCACGUCACCACGAAUCACACAACAAAAAGGAGAAGAGAUAUUUUGGGCUCAAAAAAAGUAAAAAGAUAAUGUAGCUGCAUUUCUUUAGUUAUUUUGAACCCCAAAUAUUUCCUCAUCUUUUUGUUGUUGUCAUUGAUGGUGGUGACAUGGACUUGUUUAUAGAGGACAGGUCAGCUGUCUGGCUCAAUGAUCUACAUUCUGAAGUUGUCUGAAAAUGUCUUCAUGAUUAAAUUCAGCCUAAACGUUUUGCCGGGAACACGGCAGAGACAAUGCUGUGAGUUUCCAACCUCAGCCCAUCUGCGGGCAGAGAAGGUCUAGUUCGUCCAUCACCAUUAUGAUAUCAGGACUGGUUACUUGGUUAUGGAGGGGUCUAGGAGACCUGUCCCUUUUAGAGACACCUUACUUAUAAUGAAGUAUUUGGGAGGGCGGUUUUCAAAAGUAGAAAUGUCCUGUAUUCCGAUGAUCAUCCUGUAAACAUUUUAUCAUUUAUUAAUCAUCCCUGCCUGUGUCUAUUAUUAUAUUCAUAUCUCUACGCUGGAAACUUUCUGCCUCAAUGUUUGCUGUGCCUUUGUUUUUGCUAGUGUGUGUUGUUGAAAAAAAAACAUUCUCUGCCUGAGUUUUAAUUUUUCUCCAAAGUUAUUUUAAUCUAUACAAUUAAAAGCUUUUGCCUAUC